UGGGGAUGAACAGGGGGUCUGCGUCACUGCGUUGUGCAACACAAGCCGUGCGCACUGAAUGAAAACCCGAGUGAAGGACUGAAAACUGGGACUCUUUUUUUUUGUUUGUUUGUUUUCCAAGCGUCGUUGGAUCCGUCGGUUUGCAAACAAGUUCAGAGGGAGGUCAUUUUGCGCUUCUGCCUUUGGUUUCCGUGCGCCUUGGAUGUUGCGCCACGCUGCAUGGUGUUUGCCAGCUGGCAUGUGAGUGAUAGCGUGCAGUUUUACAGUACGCGGGCAGUAAAACAUUGAUUGAGAUUUUCAGAGACAGGACCCCGAGCGGAUGAGCGCGCCCCACCGUUUCCUCUCCAACUAUUAGCGGUCUUAAAUAUGCUGUUUAUCGUCGUUGCCAGAUGAUACCUGUUGAUUUUGCAUCGCGCCAUGUCCUUCUGCCGGACUGAAGUGGACAAUGAAGUUAUGGGAUAGCCUGGCCACUUGUUUGAUACUGCUGAGCGCCGUGCACGCCAGCCCGCUGCUCCGGAGCCGACAGCAGUCCACGUCCACCAAGAGGAGAGGGCGCGCCGCCGAGAGUCCCCUGGAGCUCCCGCCGGUUCAGAUCAGUCUGUCUGUCACAUCCCCGGGCACCAGACGCUCUGAGGCCCACGGGCAAGAGACGCUGGUCGGAGGAGAAAAAUACACCAUGGAGGAGCCCCUCCCAAGUGAGUAUGAAGAUGUGGUGGACUUCAUUAAAGUGACUAUCAGUAGAAUACGUCGCUCCUCCUCAUCCACAGUGUCCUCAUCUACCUCUUCCUCCACCACCUUCUCCCCUUCCAACGAAAAUUUGAGCAGUAGCACUCGACACAGAAGGGAGAGGAAGAAGGGUUCAAGUGGUAAAGGAGGAAGAGGAGGAGCUAGAGGUGGGGAGACAGGCAGGAUGGUUAGAGGAGGAGGCGGCAGUGGACGGGGACAGGGCUGCGUGCUCAAACAGAUCCACCUCAAUGUGUCGGACCUCGGACUGGGCUACCGCUCCAGCGAGGAAAUGAUAUUCAGGUACUGCUCGGGGCCCUGCAGGAAGUCGGAGACCAACUACGACAAAAUCCUGUACAACCUUGUUCAUAACAGGAGGCUUCCUCCCAAAGACACGCCCCCUCAGGCUUGCUGCCGGCCCAUAGCGUUUGACGAUGAUCUCUCAUUUCUGGAUGACAACCUCGUUUAUCACACCGUGAAGAAGCACUCUGCCAGAAAAUGUGGUUGUGUGUAGGGAGUGUAAACGGAUGUUAGUCUUUGUGUAAUUUUGUAUUCACUCCCACUUUUCACAUUGUGAGGAAACUUUCUGGCAGGAAAUGUGACCAUGUAGGACGCGAGUCCAUCAGUAAAUGAGUAAAUAAGAGGAGGUGGCGUCAUUUCAGUGUCUACCCGAGAGCAAUGACUCCUAUUGAUCUGCUUCUUCUUCACCUCGGCUCCAUCAUAACAUCCACAAUUUUCCUUCACGGGCUACAUUUUAGGUCAUAAACGUGUUCAGUGUAUUUCAAAAUGUUUCAGUGGUUACUCAACCUAAAAGACUGAAAACCAUUCAAACUCAAACACAAUUCUGAUUCUGCAGACUCACUCUGUCUACUGUAUCGCACAUUUUACAUGGAC